CUAGGGUUAGUUCGUUGCGAGUCAGGCUGUCGUGUUGUGCACGAUUUGAGGUCGAUGUUUGAGUGAACGAGGAAUAACAUGUGCUGAGUGCAGGAAAGUUUCGUCAGUGAUGGAUGAGUGGAAAGCGGACCCGAAGUUUUAAAAUCGCCGUCCAUCACCGAGACAGGGAGGUCUGGAGUGAGAACGAUUUUCACUUGCUUGCUCGGGAGCUGGGACUCUUCUACAGGAUGGUCAGAGCUAUAGCUCACGAGUUUCUCUCGGACGAACGAGACCGGAAAUACUACGCUGACCACUACACGUGUUGCCCUCCACCCCUCUUCAUACUCAUCAUCACCCUUAUUGAGCUGGGUUUCUUCACCUAUUACACCGUUACCAUGGGGGAAAUCACGACUACAGGUCCGGUCCCGAUCGAUAGUCUCUUUAUAUAUCGACCAGACAAAAGAGUCGAAGUCUGGAGAUUUGUCUUCUAUAUGGUCCUUCAUGCAGGGUGGAUUCACCUUCUUUUCAACCUGCUGGUUCAAGUGAUGGUGGGUCUGCCUCUAGAAAUGGUACAUGGGUCACUCAGAAUAGGAACCGUCUAUAUGGCAGGAGUGCUAGCAGGCUCACUUGGUACAUCAGUAUUCGACACGGACGUCUAUUUGGUUGGAGCUUCGGGUGGAGUGUAUGCUCUACUGGCAGCACAUCUUGCCAAUGUUCUUUUGAAUUACAACCAAAUGGAGUUUGGUCUUGUAAGAUUGUUUGGCAUAUUUGUCAUUGCCAGUGCGGACGUUGGGUUCGCCAUCUAUGAUCGCUAUGCUGCAGAACAGCAAGGUCCUCCAGUGUCCUACGUGGCUCACCUAACGGGUGCUCUAGCAGGACUUACGAUAGGGCUGCUUGUUUUAAAGAACUUCGAGCAGAAACUGCACGAACAAUUGCUCUGGUGGAUUGCUCUAGGAGUGUACGCCGCCUGCACGUUAUUUGCUGUACUUUUUAACGUGUUUAACUACUGACACCAGAAAAUCUAGUGCUUACCUGGUAAUAAAAUACAGUCCCAAACUUUCACUCAGGGAGUCUAAGAUCUAUAGCGCCAUCUUUAGUGUUAGAAAACGAAAUAUACAGGAUUGCCUUGAACAAGAAACUGUACACAUUUAGCAGAGCUGGGUGUCGGUCUAGUUAAGGUAUCAACUAGGCAAGUGUUACAAGGAAGGAAAGAUUGACGUCUAUCCAAUCACUUAAUUUCCAGCGUGUACAUUGAAUUUGUUAAAAUAGUUCCUGGUGAAAUUAAUAGAAUGGACUCAUUGAAAAGACAGUCAGUGUAUGUAGGUAGCAUGAGUGAAAAGCUAUUACAGACAUUCUCCUACUUUUAAAAAGUAUUUAGGACCUGUCAGUUAAUACUUUUUUUGUACAUAACACCAUUCUUAAAAAUAUUGGUUUCUAGCUUUCAAAUAUGCACCCAUCAAAACUGAUUGUUCGAAGCUAUGUUUAUUCCUCGUAUUUAUCGUUUUACAUAAUCUUUUCAUAUUCAAGUUGAAAAUUUUACAAAAAUCUUCAGCUUUAUCUGAAUAACUUUUGUAUCUUGACCAAUCUAUUGAUAAGAUAUGGUACUUGUGAAGUACCAUUUGGCUUGGUUUUUAUCACUCUGUGGCGCCACAAGUGGCUUAACCUUACUUUAGGUCCUUAUUUUGUACAGAUUAAUGACUGUAGUUUUUUAAAUGUUUCAAAAGUAAUGCCAGGGUGUGUGAUGGGUAAUGAUCUUGAAAAUUACUUACUAAAGCCAAAAAUUAUAACCUAAGGGAUGAAAAAUCUUGAUACUUGUAACUUUUGGAUAGAUGUUAAUCACUUAAUUUAUUUUUAAUUUCUUAGAUUUUAAGACUUAAUGACAGUUCUUUUCUGGUAAAUACUUAAUCAUUUAAAUAUAUUUACCAAAAACUUGUUGUAAUUUUUUACAACCUGUUACUGCAGAGUUAAACAUGUCAAUGCAUUUUCAAGUUUAUAUAACUAACUGAAGUGUGAAAUUUUCAGUGUUAUAUAUUUCAGUGAACUGAAUGUUAUCGUAUUUGUAAGGUAUUGUGUCUUUAGACAUGUUGAGACUGUAAUACUCUAGAGAACAGUCUUGUAGGUGAUUUAUUAAUAUUUAUUUGUACACAACAUUCUUAUGUUAAUUUAAUUUUAGUAUUUAAAUUUUAUUAAAUUAUGUGCAAAGAGUAUAUAUAUUAAGAACCAAAUGUAGCUCACUUUAACUGAUUUAAUAUUCAAGAAGGGUUUUCGUCAUAUAUGUGUGUGACCCUUUUGAUAAAAUCAAAACUUACAAAUAGCCUUCAUCAAACCAUUCCAGGCAGCCACAGGGCUAAACACAAAGUUUCUUUAUAAUAAUUAAAGAACCUAUAACUUGGUAACUGGCAAACAGAAGAUGAAAGAGAAGCAUGUUUUUUUAAAUAUUUAUAUCCAGUGUAAUAAUUGUUGUUGAGAGUCAAAGGAAUUGGUGUGUUUAUUAGCCAUUACUAUUCAUUUUGUAAUUAAAAUUUUCUCUGUGAAAAGCAGCAUAAUAUUUAAAGUGUAACAUAGAUUGUGUUGUAUUUUUAUCAUUCACAUCAAUUUUGAUGGAAGUUGAGUGUUAACAUUUACCUAUGAUUUGUUUUUUUUGUGGGCUAAAUUUUGCAACAAGAUUAACAACAAAAUAUUGUGACUAAAAAUAACUUAUUCCUACAUAUUACAUGAAAUUUCAAGAAUUUUUGUAACUGUAGUCAAGGGUAGAUUUAAAGAGAGUGACCAUGUAGACUAUCAGAUUGUUUCUUCCCUGUUCACUAUUAACAUAACGUUUUGCAACAACAUGGGACCUAUUAGUCCAUCUUGGCUGUUCCCUCCUUUAAACUAAACUAAAACUAUUAAUAAGUAAAAA